AUGGGUAGUGGUGAUUUAAACUUAUUGAAAUCUUGGAAUCCAAAAUUAGUCAAAAAUAGAGAAAAAGUCUGGAUUAAAGAACAAGAGCUAUUAAAAGAAAAUGAAAUUUUAAAGCAAAAACAACUAGAGAUUACAAAAGAAAGAGAAUUAGAUUCUUUAGUGGAUCCACAUCAUAAGCAUAAAAAUUCAAAAAAAAAUGGACUAGAAUGGAUGUAUUCUGACCCAACUCAUAAUGAAGAUUAUUUGUUAGGUAAAAAAAGUUUAGACUCCAGUGUGAUUUCAAAAAAUAACUUAAAGAAUGAUUCAAAAGUAGAUUCAAAGAUUGAUUCAGAGCAAACUAAAAAAUUCGAUUAUUCAAAUGAUGAUCCAAUGUCAAAAUUUAAAAUUGCAAAAAAAAGACAUAUAAUUCAGACUAAAGAAAAAAUCAGUAAACCAACAUCACCCCUUUAA